AUGGUAGACCAGAGAUUCGGGAUGACAGCUCCGGAAGCAGUUGACGGUCAAGUUGGAAACGAACCCGUCGAAAGUAACAUGGCGGCAGCAUCGAAGGGAGGCGGGGAGAACAUGGCGGCGAUGUGGGACGAGACGAUGGUUGUAUCAGACAAGAUCUUGAGGAUGAGGGAGAUCAGGAGGAGAGUUGAGCUCGUGCAGAACUCCUUGAAGUCGGCUGCAACAACAGCCAAGGAACCGGCUGUUGCUGAGGCUCAGGAACAAGGGCCGCCGCGGGAGGAGCAGGGGGCGCCGUCCCUCUGGAGAGGCAGCGAGCAUGGACUAAUGUGCAGGAGAGAGGAAGUCCAUCAAGAGCAUGUGUCGCAGAAGCUGAUGCCGAGGAAGAGCGGCAGCGCUAUCCUUGAACGUUUGAAUUCAUUGCAGCGGGAGAUGGUUGCCCUACGAACAAGCACGCAAGCAACGCGCACACUGCUGCAGCUGAGGAUGGACAUGGACGGCAUUGUAGGAGGGACGUCGGAGACGCUACAGGAGCAGUCGAACAGGAUUAAGAGCCUGAUUGAAUCGCACAUGUCGGACAUCGAGACGAAGGAGGAAGCUGGAUGGAUGGACAGUCGCAAGGCAGAUGGUGUCAACGAGGGCGAGACGGAGGCAGCGAAGUCAAGAAGCGAAUUUGUGAGGCAAGUGGCAAACGACAACUUCAGCAUCAUGUACGGCAAGAACAUGCGGCUUGAGAUGAGCUCGGCUGUGCAAAGUAUCGUGUUGUCGGAGAUUGAUGGCCACAACAGAGCAGAGGAUCUGAUUAGCGAAUCAAGGAAGCGUGAGACGGAUUCCAGAAGCGAUGGAGGAGGAUGGGAACCGGAAGGCAGUUAUUUCCCUGUUUUGCCUGAGGAAGGACAAGAUUUCGAUACCAUGCACACAAAGCAGGUCUUCGAGCUCAGUCGCAACGUUGGACUGCGGAUCGCCCGCACCAUCUCGCAGGCAGACGCUGCUCACAAGAACAGGAUAAAGGAAAUCAGCGCCCUGCAGCAGCGGCGAGCAGCAAUCCUGCUCGAAAUGGCAGAGAAAUACAUGCAUGAAGACGUGAAGAUGGGUGUGGAAUCAUCUUCUUCUGAUGAGACGGAGUAUGUGGAAGACGAGGAUCAAGAGCCGUUCAGGAAGGAAGAGAGAGAUUUCAAUAUCAUCUUGUCGGCAUCGAAGGCACAGCAGAAGUACUGA